AUGGAAAAGCCAGCAUUGGUCAUAUUUGGCCCUCAGACUUCUUGGCCGAGCUAUUCAUACGCAGAGCGCCUCAGGCGAGAUCUCGUCGAUGAACCAUCACUCGCGCCUUUUGCGGAUGCUAUCAGGCAGCUCCCCGAGCUUUGGCCAUCAUUGGUUGAGAUUGAGCAUCGUCUAGGGCAGACAGAGGGAAAAAAGACUUUGGAACAGCUGCAGAACUGGAUCGAGACAGGAUCUCUCCCAAGGAGAAAUGGCCAGGACGACAUACUGCCCAAUGGUUUUGCAACUCCGUUCACUGUCAUUGCCCAUGCUAUUGACUACUGGCGAUGUCUCACAAGUGUUGGCUCACAAUGGCGUCCCUCAAAUUUAGAAGCUGGUCCCGCUCUAGAGGGUAUGUGUACUGGGUUCUUAACAGCAAUCGCGGCAGCAUCCUCGAAAGAUUCGAACGAAUUUCUUUCCAUGGCGGCGGUCGCUGUUCGGUUGGCGGCAUGCAUUGGCACUUUAAUCGAUCUCAAUGGAAGCAACUCAGAUGGUACAGGAGAGGCAAGAGCAUUAGUGGUCAGAUGGAGUUCGCCCACUCAGGAGUCGUGCUUUUUGAGAAUACUGGAACAGCAGCCGAAUGCUUAUGUUUCGGUGCUGAAAGACGAGACGAGCCGCACAAUCACUGUGCCGGUGUCCGAAAUAUCAACUACCGCUGAAAAGCUGUUGAUGAACGGUCUCAUGGUACAUGCUUUAGAGCUAAAAGGGAGAUUCCACCAUGCAAGCAAUGACGAUAUUGCAAAUAAAAUCAUUGAAUUGAGCGAAUCGAGAGCCGACUUGCAGUUUCCUGAUGCUCAAGACCUUCUAACUCCCCUUCGACGGAAUUCCGACGGGGGACGCCUUUAUGAAGGCCCGCUACACAUCACCGCCAUCAAAUCUUUGCUACUGGACCAGGUGGACUGGUCUUCCACAAUUACCUCUGCAUUGGAGCCAAUUGCCGUGAAAGACAUACCCCCAAGCGUAUUGGUACUUGGAUCGGUCAACGUUGUCCCCUAUCACUUGAGUCAGAAGAAAGGGGUUCGUGUGUGCCUUUCUGAUGACAUGCUUUGUCCUUCUUCCAAAAGCACGAAUGCUGUGAAGAGUACCGUUUCUGAGUCUCAUGCGACCAACGCUGAUGCGGAGUCUCUACUUGAUACUAUGGGGCGUGUCAAUCAUGACAACUCGAUCGCCAUAGUGGGUAUGGCUUGUCGGUUUCCCGGCGCAGACACGGCGGAGGAAUUCUGGGAACUGCUCGAGAAUGGAAGAUCAAUGAUUUCAGACUUGCCACAAAAUAGGUUCUCGACCAAAGGCCUACGACGAUCUGCAGACGAAACUGUGUUUCAGGGAAACUUUAUUCGGGAUGCUGAAUGUUUUGACAAUCAAUUUUUCAAAAUAUCUAGUCGAGAGGCGGCUUCUAUGGAUCCACAACAGCGUCAGAUCCUACAAGUCGCCUACCAGGCUUUGGAGUCAUCUGGCUAUUUCGAUGGACACCGGGACCCUACCAAUACCGAAAUUGGAUGCUAUCUUGGUGUGGGAUCUGUCGAUUACGAAGCCAACAUCUACUCCCAUCAGCCCAAUGCAUAUUCCGCUCUGGGGUCAUUGAAAGCUUUCGUCAGCGGGAGAGUAUCUCACUAUUUUGGUUGGACCGGCCCGUCGAUUACAUACGACACGGCAUGUUCAUCAUCUGUGGUAGCUUUACACUCUGCCUGCCAAGCACUUCUGAGGGGCGAAUGCACAAGUGCUCUUUCCGGGGGUGUUAAUGUGAUAACAAGUCCAGCUCUCUACCAGAAUCUCAAUGCCGCGUCAUUCCUAAGCUCAACUGGUGGGACUAAAGCGUUUGAUGCAGCCGCUGAUGGAUAUUGUCGCGGCGAAGGUUGCGGUCUUUUCGUUCUCAAGACACUAAAAAAUGCAAUUUCAGAUGGGGACCAAGUACUUGGAGUUAUUGCUGGCUCCGCCGUGAACCAGACACAGCGAGAGCAUGGAACGCCGAUAACAGCGCCAGUUUCUAAAUCGCAGCAAUCUCUCUACCGGAACGUUCUGAGACAGGCUGGGCUAGGGCCAUCUGAUGUGACAUAUAUCGAGGCCCAUGGAACAGGUACCCCAAGGGGCGACCCGAUUGAAUGCGAGAGUAUCCGAAACGUUUUUGGAAGCAACAGUACAGGACGUCAGCAAACGCUCCAUUUCGGAUCCGUGAAAGGUAAUAUUGGUCAUUUGGAAGCAGCCUCCGGUGCUGCAGCGCUUUUCAAAUCAAUUCUUAUGCUUCAGAAGAAGAAGAUCCCAAAACAAGUGAACUUCAACAAACUGAACCCCCAAAUACCUUCAUUGGAGUUUGAGAAACUAGCCAUUCCCACUGAGACAAUUUCGUGGGAUGCUUCAUAUCGCGCUAUUUGCGUCAGCAACUAUGGCGCAGCUGGAAGUAACGGUGCCCUUGUUUUGCGCCAGGCUCCCGAAGCCCCAACAACAACCCGCGCAAGACUCACUCUAAAUUAUCCACCGCCCUGUCAAUUGAUAUCUAUCUCUGCUUAUUCAGCUGCAAGUCUUCAGGCGUAUCGCGAGCAGCUAUUGCUGUACCUUGCUGAUAUAGAUGAGGAAAGUCUUCCUGACGUUGCCUACCAGUUGGCCCGCAGUCGAAAUCAGACACACCAAUAUAACCUGUCAUUCCUCGCACGCUCUAUCAGUGAACUGCGAACUUCGCUUGCGGCACCGAAAAACCUGGCAGCAACCUCUUCAUCCUUGGCACCACCAAAACCCGUGAUCCUUUGCUUUAGUGGCCAAUUAAAGCCUAGUAUUGGCAUCAGCAAAGAGCUAUACCGCUCGGUUUCACUGUUCCGCCACCAUCUCGACCGCGUUGAGGCUGCCUGCCAAGCAUUUGGAAAAACAAUUUAUCCUUUUAUAUUUAUGACUGAAGACAUCCAAGAUCCCAUUACACUUCAUUGCUGCUUAUUUGCCUCGCAAUAUGCCUGCGCCCAAUCUUGGAUUGACUCGGGAAUCCAGGUUGCGACUGCCGUUGGCCACAGCUUUGGCCAGAUUACCGCACUCUGCGUCUGCGGUGUACUAUCCCUGAAGGAUGCACUGGAAUUUGUGAUUGAGCGAGCGUUCCUUUUUGAGAUUGAUUGGAGUGCAGAAAAAGGCUCCAUGCUUGCUCUAAAGGCAGAUACUCAGAUGGUGACACGUCUAGUAGCAGCAAGCCAAGUGGAGAUAGCUUGCUACAAUGGUCCGAGCGAUUUCGUGGUUGCAGGAUCUUUAUCAGCCAUUGAGGAGUUUCAAUCCCAAGCCAAAGCUUGUGGGAUUACCACCCGGCGCCUGGAUUUAGCUCGUGCAUUUCAUUCGAGUCUUAUGGACCCAGCUUUACCGCAGCUUCGCAAAGUCGCGGACAGGCUCACCUAUAAUCGGCCACAGAUACCGAUUGAGACUUGCACUCAAGGCCAAAGCUGGGACUCUUUUACCCCACAAUUACUGGUCAAUCAUUCUCGCCAGCCAGUGUUUUUCCGUGAUGCCGUUCAACGUAUAGAGUCCCAAUUUGGACCUUGUACCUGGAUUGAGGCAGGUUCCUCUUCAUUCAUUACCACCUUGACAUCAAGAAGUGUGAGCCAAUUGAACACAUUCAUCCCUGUGGAUAUCGGUGGCCCCAGUCCCAGAGAUUCUUUGGCCGAUGCAACACUUAGGCUGCAAGCCCUUGGCUACAAUGUCCAGUUCUGGCCGUAUCACCGCAGCCAGCGAGAUGAGUACAAUAUCGUCAACCUUCCUCCAUACCAGUUUGCCAAGUCAAAGCAUUGGCUAGAAUUGAAAGAGUUCAGCUAUGAAACUGAAUCUAGGAACCCUGAUGAACAAGAUCAAAAUUCCAAAUUGCUUCAGUUCAUCCAAUUUAAGGAUACGGAGAAAAGAGUUGCCGAGUUCAAUGUCAAUUCCAAAUCUGAUGAUUUCCGGGCUUGUGUCAGCGGUCAUGCGGUCCUCGGUCAUUCCCUUUGCCCUGCAUCUUUAUACCUCGAGCUUGCUGCCCAAGCCGCAGUAUAUCUAAGCGAGCGCAAAGCUCCAGUCCUGCCACAGGUGGAGGACCUUCAAAUACGUGCUCCUUUAGGAUUGAAUAAGUCUGCAUCCAUCAAACUUCUUCUAUCACUCGAAGAACCAAGCAAGUGGAGAUUUUCACUUUUCAGCACCAUUGGAGUCGAAGAUACCAGCCACGCUUGCGGAGUAAUUCAAGUCAUGGACAAAUCAGACUCUUUGGUAUCAGAAUCCAGCCUCUAUGAGCGUUUGGUUGGAGCAAAUCGUUGCAACACGAUGCUUCAAGAUGCCUCUAUUAAGUCAAUCAACGGGCUUGUGUACAGCGUGUUCGGUGCAGUUGUGGAUUACAAGGACUACUACCAGGGCGUCCAGCGGGUCUCUGCGACCGAUUCCGAAGCAUCUGGAGUUGUUAGUCUACCAAAAUCCGCUGCCGGAAUCAUGCAGGAUUCUGUAUGUGACCCUCUAGCAGUCGAUAAUUUCCUACAAGUUUCGGGAAUUCACAUCAACUGCUUCCGUGACAUUGGAAGACAAGAAGUGUAUGUCUGUACAUCAAUUGGGAAGCUCAAAGUGUAUGAGAUUCUCGAGAAUGCACGGUAUCAAUCUUGUCUUGUAUAUUCAAAUACUAAGCAGGCUGGACCUAAAGUAUUGGAGAGUGAUAUUUUCGCAUUCGAUGAGGCUACCGGAUCUCUGAAAGUGGCUCUUUUUGGUGUCCGGUUCUCUAGAGUGCCUGUGAACUCUCUGACCAGAGCUCUGUCCACCCUUAACCACGAAAGGCCCGUUCAACAAUGGAAGGCUUCCACUCCAUCAUCUGCACCUUUGCGCGACUUGGGCCUGGACACAUCACCACCAAAAGAAGCUGACGACAGUACCCUUUUGCGGCUGCAGCAGCUUCUCAGCAGAGUUACAGACUUUCCUGUGACGGAAAUUCUUCGAAUGAACUCGUUGGAGGCAAUGGGCGUCGACUCUUUAAUGAGAACGGAAAUUGUGGCCGAGAUUCGACAGGAAUUUGGCCUCCGAAUAUCAACACAGAAGCUAGCCAAUGCUUCCACCAUAUUCGAUCUGACCACUUUGAUAUCACCGUCGCAAACAUGGCCUUCUUCAGUUCCUAGUUUUCCGACGCGCGAUGCAACAUCCUCCGAUCUAAAGAAUAUUCUUUCGGUGAUAACCGAUAUCCCCGUCAACGAAAUUGACGACCACGUAACUCUAGAUGCCCUUGGAGUUGAUUCUCUCAUGAGGCAAGAGGUCCGUUCUGAGCUUCGAAAGGAAUUGGGCCGUGUGGAUAUUCCUGAAAACCUUCAAGAAUACUCUGUCGCCUCACUUGCCGCAUAUAUCGCCGAUCAGGAUUGUGGUGGGGAAAAAGCCUUCUCAAGUCUUACUCCGCCAAGCAACGUUUCGUUUGGAAGCGAUUGCGAUGUCACGGACCUUGAUCCUACUGCACAGUCUAUGAAGCCAGAAAAGAUUCCAAUCAUGGAUGAGCGCUCAGCAGUUGUCAAAAUAAAUGGUGGAACGGAACUGUAUAGGACACUGACACAAGAAGCUCUUUCUUCCUCCACUGCCGGAGGAUUCGAUUUUCAUGAACUUACUGCCUCCUUCGCGGAAAUUAAAAGCAGCUUCGAUAAACUUGCUGGCGAAUCCAAGUUCACCAACUUCUACGCCGAGGUGCAUCCACGUCAAAUGGAGCUUGCCACGGCCUACGUCGUUGAGGCUUUCGGGGGUCUGAAUUGUCCUCUUGCUUCGAUGCCUGCAGGGAAAAGCUUGUCGGUUAUCCAUGAGCCACGACAUGAAAAGGUCAUGAAGCAGCUAUACAAAUUGUUACAAGACGCAGGACUCAUUUCACUGGACAGUCCUGGGAAAUACCGGAGAACGGCUAAGCCGGUCAAUGCCACCCCCUCCACAGAUCUUCUCGAGGCUAUCAUACGAGACUUUCCACAACACCGAUCGGAGCAUCGUCUUCUGAGUAUUACUGGCUCCAAGCUUGCUCCCUGUUUAUCUGGUCAACUAGAUGCUCUCGACUUGAUUUUUGGAGAUCGGGCAGCUAAAGACUUGGUUAGCGAUGUUUACUCAAAAGCACCUGUGUUCGUAACUGGAACAAGUCUUCUCUGCAAGUUUUUGUUAUCGGCCCUUGGAAAAAGAACCCAGCCUAUCAAAAUUCUCGAAAUCGGAGCUGGCACUGGAGGAACCACGACUGAUGUGGUUCACUGUCUAACCAGCAAUAACAUUCGUUUUGAGUAUUGCUUCACCGAUCUUUCACCAUCCUUGAUCGCAGCAGCCAGAAAAAAAUUCAAAUGGUGUCCGAAUAUGGACUUCAUGAUUUUGGAUAUUGAGAAGGAACCUUCACUUGAGAAUGAGUACGACCUGAUCAUAUCCACAAAUUGUAUCCAUGCGACGAGGGAUCUCACUGCGGCAACCAAAAAUAUCCACAAACUGCUCAGAGAAGGCGGAGUCCUCUGUCUUGUGGAGCUCACCCGAAAUUUACCUUGGUUUGACUUGGUUUUCGGAUUGCUUGAAGGAUGGUGGCUAUUCAACGACGGCCGGGAACACGCACUCGCUCAUGAACUCUUUUGGGACGAUAGCUUGAGGCGAGCAGGUUUCUCAUACAUUGAUUGGACUGUGGGCGACACGAAGGAAUCAGAGCAGCUCCGCUUGAUAAUCAGUGCCAAGAUGACUCACCAGAAUGACCUGGUAAAUGGGGACACAGGGGGCAAGCAAAAAGUGGAGCAACUUGAAACCGCCGCUUCAUCUCAAGAAUUGUCAGUACAUUUAUCACCCGAGCGACUUGGGCAGCCCAAGCCCACGGGGUCAGUCGUGCUUCUAACUGGCGGCACAGGCAAUCUUGGCGCUCACGUUCUACACCAGCUCAUUAAUCGAGCAGACGUCCGCCGGGUGAUUUGCUUGAAUCGAUUGACAACAAAGAAUGACCCAGUUAAACGACAGAGAAGCGCUCUCAGAGAGCGGGGUAUUGAGCCUAACGAGCAACUGUGGGAGAAAACCGAAGUAUUCGAAGCAAAAUCAAGCAACACGGCCCUCGGUUUGCGAACCGAGCAAUACCAGCUUCUGCAGGACCAAGUCACCCAUAUAGUCCACAAUGCGUGGCCGAUGAGCUUCAAGCGUUCUUUCCAGACAUUUGAACCCCAAUUUCGAACACUCCGCAACUUAUUGGAACUCUGCCGCGAGUCCAAGUAUGGUGCGAGACUCAUGUUCAUCUCCUCAAUCGGAGUGAUUGGCCGCCAUCCCAAUACGUAUGCAGAUAGGCCAGUUUUAGAGGACCCUAUGAGAGACUCUCAUGGCUCUCUCACAUUCGGAUAUAGCCUUGCGAAGCAUCACUGCGAGCAGAUCAUACAACAGGCUAUUGAGCAGGAUGCCAGCCUGCAAGCUUCCUAUGUCCGAGUUGGACAGAUGACAGGUUCUCAGAAUUUCGGCUUGUGGAAUACGGAGGAGCAUUUCCCAGCGUUACUGAGGACAUCUCAAACAAUAGGCGCUCUGCCUCAGCUUCAUGGACUUGCCUCCUGGCUUCCACUCGAUAUAGCCGCUGCCACCGUCAGUGAUCUAAUCCUAGAUCCCGCUCAUCCACGAAUGGUGUAUCAUAUUGAAAAUCCUGUUCGUCAGCCCUGGCAUGAGCUAUUAGGCUAUCUCUCUACGCAUCUGGGACUGCCCACCAUUCCGUACAAGGAAUGGCUAAGUCGAAUGGAGACCACUGCAGACAGCGAGCAAGGGCCACCAAAUCCGGCGAAGAAGUUAAAGGAAUUCUUUGAAGAGGACUUUCUUCAUAUGUCCUGUGGGUCAGUCGUGAUGAGUACAUCCAGUACCACUUUUGUCUCUGCGGCUCUUCGAUCGGCCACUCCCGUGAGUCCAGAGACCCUUCUUCUAUACAUUGAGCAGUGGAGGCGGGCUGGUUUCCUUGAGUGA